CCGAGAAGAAGAAGCAGCGGCGGCGGCAGCAGCAGGUGACGCCGACUGCGACGCCAGCAGCGGCGGCGGACCUCGAAGAUUUCACUUUUCGACGAACAAUUCAACGGAGCGGAGCUAAAAACGCGAUUUUCUCACCAGCAAUUGCCAGUAAUUGUGGUUUUCGUAGGCAAAACAAAUAAUAGGAGGCAACCAUGUACCGCGCCAGUGGGUUAAGGAUUAUGCAACAGCUGCGACGAAGGAUUCCCGCCGAGAUUCAGGGAUUCCAGGUUCCAGCCAAAGUUGCGCCUGCGCUGCAAACUUUCACUUUCCAGCAGCAGCAACAACAACAACAGCAACGCUGGACUUCGACGUCGACGGCCAGUGGAAAGCAUUCCAGUGCACAGGUGACGACCCCGCCCCCGCGUCACGACUGGAACAGGGCGGUCAGCGAGGCGGAGCGGAUCGUCGGCUAUCCCACAUCCUUCCUCAGCCUGCGCUGGCUGCUCAGCGACGAGAUCGCCAAUGUGGCGCUGCACCUGCGCAAACUGGUGGGCAGCGCCCAUCCGCUGAUGAAGACGGCCAAGCACCUGCUCUACAAUGGCAAAAACACGAUGCAAGCCUGGGGAUUGAUUGUGCUCCUGGUGUCCAAGGCCGCAGGACAUGCUCCUAGCGUUCCGGAUGUUGAGCAGGACAAGAGUGCCGGAGUGCUCCACUCACAAAGAGCUUUGGCCGAGGUCACCGAAAUGAUAAGGAUCUCACAUCUGGUGCACAAUAGCGUGGUCAACCUACAAUCGAGCACCCAGGCUGGUCAGGAUGGUGAAACCUACGACGACAUGUCCUUCGGCAACAAGAUCGGUCUUCUGACCGGCGACUACCUCCUGGGCCAUUCCAGUGCCGAGUUGGCCAAUCUACGCAACCAGGAGGUGGUGGAGCUGAUUUCGUCGGCAGUGCGUGACUUUUCGGAAUCGGAAUUCAUCGGGGAGCGCGAUGAGCAGAAUAAUCCGCUGCCCUAUAAGCCCGGAACUUUCCAGCGACCAUCGCUUAGCGUGGGAGUGGAUUUUAACGAGCACGAUGUGAUGACCCCCAUGCCGAUUGCCCAGGUUCUUGGCAAUCCCGAGGAGGAAUGGGAGUGCCGCAACAUACUGAAUGCCGGCAGUCUGCUGGGCAAAUCCUGUCAAGCUUCGCUGAAGCUGGCCGGGCAGAGUGAGGAACUGCAGCGGCAUGCGUACCGCUUUGGCAAGCACUUGGCGCUCGCUUGGCAGGCCUGUUUGGAUGCCGAACCCUUCCAGUGUCCCCAGCUGCCGCUGGACGUUACUUUCAGUCUGGUUAGUGCUCCGGUUCUCUUCCAUUUGGAGCACGAUCCCGGGAUGUAUGGCCAACUGGAGGCUGGCAAGAAGUCGGUGGAUAACAUCGACUACGACAAGAUCCACAAGGCCAUUCUGGCGGGACCUGCGUUGGUUAAAACCAAGGAGCUGCAGCGAAAGCACACGGCUGCCGCCUUGGCUGUUCUUCAACAUUUCCCCGCAACGGACGCUCGACAGGCGCUGGAGAACAUCAUUCUGGCCAUGCAGGAUCUCUGAUCGC